UGCCGCGGCUCCCAGCAAAAAGCCGUGACCCGCGUUUGCCCCGCGCGUCGCGGGGGUCGCCUGCUUCGGGGCGGGCCGGGCGAGCGGGGCUGCGGGGGCGGCCGGGCCUGGGCAGCCCCGCAGCGGGGCAGCGGAAGGUCUUGUCGGGCUCGCAAGCGAAGACUUGGGCUUCUGCUGCUGCUUCUUCCCCGAGCCCAUCGUCUCGCUCACCGGUCCCCCCGCUUUACUGAUCAGGAAUGGAGCCGCUGGCACAGGAGUUCCCGGGUUCGGCUGCGGGACAGGGCAGGCGCCACAUGAGAGCAGCGCCGGGGAGAUGGGCAGUGCUUCUAUAAGAUGCCUGCCCGCUUUCGAAUCUAAAUGUUUAAAGAGUGCAAGCAUUUCGGAACUUGUAGAAUGGAAUUUCUGGAUAAAACAAUCAAUAGCUACCUUGAUGUUUGGCUUGGACCCAGAGAUCCCAGAGUAAAAGGAUGGCUUCUUCUGGAGAACUAUACACCUACCUUUAUCUUCUCAGUCUUGUACUUGCUAAUCGUAUGGCUAGGACCAAAGUACAUGCGGAAUAAGCAGCCAUUCUCAUGCAGGGGUAUUCUAGUGGUCUACAACCUUGGACUUACACUGCUUUCUCUGUAUAUGUUUUAUGAGCUGGUGACGGGAGUAUGGGAAGGAGGAUACAAUUUCUUCUGUCAGGAUACACACAGUGGAGGAGAAGCUGAUAUGAAGAUCAUACGUGUCCUCUGGUGGUACUAUUUCUCCAAACUCAUUGAGUUCAUGGAUACCUUCUUUUUCAUUUUGCGGAAAAAUAAUCAUCAGAUCACUGUUCUGCAUGUCUACCACCAUGCAACAAUGCUGAACAUUUGGUGGUUUGUGAUGAACUGGGUGCCUUGUGGUCACUCUUACUUUGGUGCCACACUGAACAGCUUUAUCCAUGUCCUCAUGUACUCCUACUACGGGUUGUCUGCUGUGCCAGCAAUGCGUCCUUAUCUGUGGUGGAAGAAGUACAUCACGCAAGGGCAGCUGAUUCAGUUUGUCCUGACAAUCUUCCAGACCAGCUGUGGUGUUGUUUGGCCAUGUGCAUUUCCUCAGGGUUGGCUGUAUUUCCAGAUUUCUUAUAUGAUUUCUUUGAUUAUCCUCUUCACAAAUUUCUAUAUUCAGACUUACAACAAGAAGGCAUCCUCGAGGAGGAAAGAGUAUCAGAACGGCUCUACGGCCACUGUGAACGGGUACACAAACAGCUCUUCUUCCCUUGAGAACAAUGUGAAACAAAGGAAACAAAGGAAGGAUUGAAGACCAAACUGAAAAAACAUUUUGAUAACCCCAACAACAAAAUCAUCUGAUUGUAAGCACAAUAAGAGUUGUGCACUAAUACUCUAACGGCUACUGUAACUAUUCCUGCCUAGAAUAGUGUGAUUUAUGUAGGACUUAACCAGUGCAAACACCCUAGAAACUGUAUACAGAACAUAAAAGUAGGUUAAAGUUUAAAAAUAAUUCUGGGCUGUCACUGACCCCGCUAUAGACUGUGGAAGGGAGUAUUAUCAUAGUAUCCGACACUGCUGUUGCCUUACUAGUCAAUAUGAUAGGUGCUGAAUUAUGAUUCACAAUUUGAAAACACUGUAAUCUAAACCUCCAUUUUUUUUUACUGUAGGUCAUGCAUGUGAUUGUAGAGGUAAUUUGUACAAUGCUGGUUUCAGUAGAUAAACACACAUGCCUUAAAUUAAAAAGCAGGGCCCAAAGCUUAUUACUGGUUUAAAAAUUAGGGUAUGUUUCAACUUUUCAGUUGACUGACUUUUUAUUAAAAAGUCAUUUAGAAGAAUCCAUUGAUCAUUUUACUGUUCUGUAUGUGAUACAUAAUGUUACGUAUCUCUUACGUGAUACAGUGAAAUUGGAAAUGGCGCAUUUAGUUUUGUAUAUUUGGCUUUAACUGACUAAACAGUCACAAACCAGAUGGAAAACUUAUUUUACCUUUUUAAUAGAUCUUAUUUUUUUAUUUGAAGUAUGUCACUAAUGUAAAACUAAUUGGCGCUUACACAGUCCAUUAAGAUUUAAAUAUUGUCUCUAAGGUUUAGAGUAUAUACAGGGUGGACCCAUCUUUUUUCUCUCUUUUUCUUUUUUUCUUGUUUCUGAGAAUUCGUAAAUGCUAAAUGAUGAGAGUGGUUUUUAAUAUGGAAACUGGCAGAAUUUCAAGUGUUAUUACCAUAGCCAUAUCCACAUUUGAGGAGCUACUGUUUAAGUCUGUGACAUAUCCAAAAGUGUAUUUAAAAACAAAGACAGAAAGAUGCUUUUCUGAUGGAAUUAUCUGUAUUUAAGUUGGUAUCUGAACUGUUCUUCAUGUAGCAUAUGUUCACUUUUAAAAUGUGCCUAACAAAUGUGGUUUUUUCCCAAACAAGCAAAAUUGAACAGUCAAAAUCAUACCUAAUGUUUUUUAAAUGUUACUGAAAUGUGCUGGAAAUGUCUGUUUCUGUAAUGUGAGUUGUGUAUAUCACCAGUAAUGUUUUGGCUUGUUAUCUGACAAUUUUGUUUGAGUCCUUGUUAAAGUUACUCCUUGUUGUAAAAUCUUGCCUUGCACAUAUGAGGAGUCAGUUGCAAAGCCAGUAUCUAUUGCUGGUAUUCUGGUAUCUGCCGUGGUGAGGUAUGGCUUAUGAAUAUUUUAUUCAUUAAGCUCUAAAAAUUUGAAUUGUGCAAGACAUUCUGCUGGUCAUUGCUCAAGUUUAACUAUUUGUUUUUUGAUAUUUAUAUAAAUGCCAGUUUUAACAUGUUUGGUUUGGUUGGGUUUUUUUUAAUUAAAUCUUUUUUAAAAAAUUUGCACAUCUUUUAGAGAAUUAGUAAGUUCUACUAGCCUUGUGGGUUUUCAUUCCUUGAUUUGAAGGAGACAGUGUCUGUUAUGUUUACAUUAUCAAAGCUUGUGCGUGUGUCUUCAUUUCUAGGUACUGGUUUGCAGAGUCUUUACAUAGCUCAGUACAGCAGCUAUAAUGUUCAAAAUAGGCUGUCUAAAUGUGCUAGAAUUAAACACUUGGCUCAUCUGAAUAUACCUACAUUGUUAAUGUUUGACAUGGUUUAAUCAUUAAAACACUUUUGAUGA